GCCAAUCUUGAGCACAAUGGCCAGGCCCCGUUCGGCGGCCUGCGUGUCCGGGCGCGGGAUGCAGCUCCUAUUACCUGCUCUACUCGCGAUGAUGGCGCUAGGCUGCAACUGUCAAUCUGUCCAGGUGGACGGCAGCAGGGUCGUCGAGGUGCUCACACGCCUGGCCAACAUGUCUGACCACGAGAACCCCGCAGUGACACGCAUCCUGUUUUCGCCCAACGACAUGCUAGCGCGCAAGUUCGUGAAGGACCUGAUGCGUGAGAACCACCUGACCAUCCGGGAAGACGCCAUGGGGAACAUAUUCGGCCGCCUGGAGGGCACCAACCCCGCGGCCGGCGUGGUGCUCACGGGGUCGCACUGUGACGCCAUCCCGCUGGCGGGCAUGUACGACGGCACCCUGGGGGUGAUCGGAGCAAUUGAGGCGCUGGCGGCGCUGCAGCGCGCGGGCUACAAGCCGUCUCGCCCCAUUGAGGUGUUGAUGUUCACGAGCGAGGAGCCCACGCGCUUCGGGCUGUCGUGCAGCGGCAGUCGGGCCAUGGCGGGCGCCCUCACGCCCCAGGUGCUGGAGUCCAAGCUGGACAGCGGCGGCCGCCACUUCCUGCAGGUGGCCAACGAGGUGGGCUAUGGCGGUGUGAGCACGCAGGACAUGCUGGCUGCCACGCGGGUGGCGGAGGGCGCCGUGUCGCACUUCGUGGAGCUGCACAUCGAGCAGGGCCCUCUGCUGGAGCGCGAGGGGCUGGACAUCGGGGUGGUCACCGCCAUCGCCGCGCCAGCCGCCCUGGAGGUGCAGUUCGUGGGGGACGGCGGCCACGCGGGCGGACAGCUCAUGCCGGACAGGAACGACGCGGGCCUGGCGGGUGCCGAGCUGGCGCUGGCGGUGGAGCGUCACGUGCUGGCCACGGGCAGUGUGGACACGGUGGGCACCACCGGCACCUUUGAAAUCGCGCCCGGGGCCAUCAACUCGGUGCCUCGCGAGGCGCGCUUGGCCAUUGACAUCCGCGACAUUGACGGCCCCCGGCGCGACCAAGUGGUGGCGGUGGUCCUGAAGAGCGCGGAGGAGAUCGCGGACAAACGCAAUGUGCGCAUGAGCAGCCGCGUCAUCAACCAGGACCCGCCCGCCACCUGCCACUCUGACGUGGUGGAGGCGGUGGCGGCCGCAGCCGGCGCCCUGGGCCUGCGCACCAAGCACAUGGUGUCGCGCGCCUACCACGACUCCCUGUUCAUGGCCCGCAUCGCCCCCACUGGCAUGAUCUUCAUCCCAUGCAAGAACGGCUGGAGCCACCGCCCCGACGAGUUCAGCAGCGCCUCCGACAUCGCCAACGGCGUCAGCGUGCUGGCGCUCACACUGGCGCGUCUGUCGGGUGGCUCCUGGCCCAAGGCCGAGCUGUGAGCGGGGGCCUAACUCUGAAACCAAUCCCGUAGGGAAACAGUAGCGCAGCAACUCCCGCAAGGAGAAGAGCUGGGGGCUGGGGUCGGGUUCGCUGGGGGCUGCUGUGAGCAGCGCUGGUGUGAGCUGGGCUGCUGUGGGCUGGGCUGCUUGGAGCCGUGGUGGCGGAGUGAUGGGGCCGUGAUGGGCGCGCGCACGCUGCUUGAGCAUGGAAAGUUGGGAGCGUAGAGGCGGGCGAGGUGGUCGCUUGUGACAGUGUGGCUAGUGUGACACGGGUUGCAGCCGAGUCUUUAAGGAACGUGUUUCGCGCGGAUCAGGAUGGGUAACAGGAUUGCGCGCGCGGACGGGCGAUCGUCUUUAAAUGUACCAUGUUCUUUGUUGAACGGACUGACUGGGUGCGCAAGCAUAGGUGUUGGGGUACCAGGAAAGCGGAAGCAGGCAGGGUCCGUGCAGCAGUGCUGCUUUGCGGCCCUGGAUAGACCGAUAGACGCAGCCCCGCCCUUCAACCGGCCUGGGGGCUGACCGGAUCCGCCACUGAAAUCCACGCAGGGCAUUUGGCUGCACUGACAAAUUUUUGCCAAUUGUUGCACCUGCAAAGGUUCGGGGUGUGCGGUUAUACCUGUGUGCGCGUUAUGUAUACCAUAGCUGUACGGUUGUAAAUGGUGUGCCACAACGGAUGCUGUUGAAAUGCUGAGUUGGCGUCUGGUAUGCAGGGGGCACGACCCCUCAUGGAGGGUGUUGGCACUAGUGCGCUGCGCUGACGAUCAGGCACGCGAUGUAUGCGUUUCCCGGCAGGGCCUUGGGUGCAAGUCCUACCAAGAGUCCUACAAGCGUUGUAAUCACGUUUCAAA